AUGCAACUUCCACAUGACGUUUUGGAUAUGUUACAUGCUUUUUUUCAUCUUGAUGUUUAAAACUCUUGUUCUGGUGUUCUUUACUCAUUUCUUCGUUUCAACCAUACAUCAGAAAUUUGCUGAACAAUAUACUUAGAACCAGCCAAAAUUGAAGAAGAGAAUGUCAAAGAAAAGCAGUAACUUUGUGACAGACUUGGAGUUUUGUCCAACGUGUGGAACCAUUCUGCCACUUCCUGGUAUGGAAGACUAUGUCACAUGCAAGCUUUGUGGCUUCAAGAUCAAUGUCCGAGAAUUUGAUGGUGUGAAAAUUACAUCCAGCAUAGUGUUUAACCGACCAGAGAUUCUGCUGCCUGAAACUGAGGAAGGAGAAGUGUCCUCUGGACCCCUGGCUGACAGAAAGUGCAGCAAAUGUGGAAAUGAGAAGAUGAUCUACACAACCAGACAGACUCGAUCAGCUGAUGAAGGACAGACAGUAUUCUUUACAUGUCCUAACUGCAAAUCACAAGAGAUUGAGUAUUCCUGACAGGAAAAUCUCCUUUGCAGUGUGGCUGUCAGAUUUUACAUUUGCAAAGGUUCAUUGGUUUUACAUGUAUUGGAUUGCCUUAUAACAUUACAAGCUUUUUCCAGACUCUUCCACUAUAAGAAUUUUGUAUAUGAUGUAAUGUUUUUCUGCUAUAUCUGUAGUUUGAUUUGCUUAUUGCAGAUUAAUGACAGUCUUCCUCUGUAAAUUGCAGAGGAAAAUGAUAAUUAAAAUAAAUCACAGUUUGACAUUUAAAUAUUAAUAAGAGAUUUUUUUUUUGUAUGUAAAGUAAAUUCUAUUAGUUGUUCAGUAAACCAUCACUUCCUGUUA